GACCUGUACUUGAUGAGACGAGAAGGACAUUCCGGAGUCAGAUGAAUCCACCUAAGCAGCAGGCUAUUGAUGAGGGCAUGGUUAAGUACAAAGGGAGAUUUUUUGCAAGACAAUACAUGCCGAAUAAACCGGUCAAGAGAGGUUUUAAGAUAUUCAUGAGAUGUGAUGAGGAUGGUUAUUGCUACGAUUAUUGGCCAUAUAUGGGAAAACAUGACUUUUUUCAUGGAAAGUCACUAGGAGAAAGAGUCGUCAAACACUUGUGUAGACCAUUGAAAUACAAAGGCCAUCAUGUGUUCUUUGACAGGUUCUUUACAUCCAUUUCCUUGGUGCGAACCUUGCUUCAGAAUGGGAUUUUUAGUUGUGGGACAAUAAAGAGCGACUUGGAAGGAUUUCCGCCAGAGUUAAGAAAUCCAGAUUUAAGGAGAGGGGAGACAUUACAGAUGCAGCACGACCAAUUGCUUGCCACUGCUUGGAAAGAUAAGAAAGCGGUACAUAUUUUGAGCACUAAUUGUAGUCCGUUUGGAGAUGGCCCAGUUGUCCGUCGAACUCGGGGUGGAAAUUUUGUUGAGGUUAUGUGUCCUCCACCAUUAUCUUCCUAUCAACAUUAUAUGAGUGGAGUCGACAGAUGCAUGCAACACCGUGCAAAGAAUCCUGUUGGCAGACCAUCCAAAAAAUACUGGAAGUUUUUCUUCAACUUUAUCAUGGAAGUUUGCCUUAUAAAUGCAUUUGAGAUUUUUUCCAGAACACCUGGUAAGGAUCUUCCUGCCAAAACAAGGUUUAACCUGCUGGAUUUCAGGAUGGAGGUGGCUCAGCAACUUAUUGGAGGCUUCAGAGGAAGAAAGCGGGGCCAUCAUUUACAGGGUAUUCUUGACCCCCCUCAUGUUUUUUGCCAUCUGGAUCGCCUAAAGUCAACAUGCAAAUGGUGUACCAAACACGGAGAAAAGAAAAGAAAGGAGACAGUUUAUGGUUGUAAAGGGUGUAACAAACACUUGUGUAGUGAACGAUGUUUCAGGGAAUUUCAUUCUGAUGUUAAUCUCUAA